AUGCACGCCCCACAGACAAAUGAAUCGAGACCCCCAGGGCCAGCCAGGCAGUCAAGUAGACCCUGCGAUGCACCACCAUGCCCAGCACUGUGCCCGAGGGAAAAAUGCCCGCCCAGCAAGCAGAAGGGUGGCACAGAAAGGCCACAGCACGCACAGCAAAGAGGCCGCACCCCCCACACCCCCACCCCCCCGAAGACGCAGACCCACCAACACCCAUGCCAGCCAAGCAAAAACGACCCAGCUAAGCCAAGCUGUGGUUCCCCCCGAGCCAAUGCCACAGCAACACCACAUAUCCUUCCAUACAUUGGUAGGGGCAUGGUGAAAACCACCAACCCCAAGCACACACCACCCACCAGGAACCACCCAGCAGACAAGCAAACCCCACCUCAUUAUAAGGCUGAGAAGCCCAAUGCAACUGCCGAGCCCAGUGACGCCCACCCUGCAGCACCCACACUGCACUCAUGCACAGGACCACCGCCCCAACACCACAGCACGCCAAACAGCAGAGGACAGAAUGCAGCAAUGAGCACCCAAAGCAAAAGCCGUGCACAAAGCCCACACCAUGCAAAUGCACCGCAACCAGCCCUCCAAAAACAAAGACCCUUGGGAAAGUGCACCCUCUUGAAAGGAAGACCCACAGCAUCCAGGUCCAAGAACAUGCCCGACCCCCAUACCCCUGCCAGAAGUAGCCCCGCGAGAAAACCCACACCGAAGCCCACAAAAGGCAGAGAGCCCACAAAGCCAAAACAAAAACCCACCAAGAAGCCGAGAUCACCCCGAAAUCAACCCCGGCCAGCCCGCCCACCAAAAUCAUGCAGACCCAUCCAACCCCCCUCCCCCAGACAGGACCAGGACCAGCAUCAGGAGCCGGAACCCAGACAAGGAACCAGAAUCCAAGAGGCCCCAAGCUCAUCCCAGACCCGCCCAGGAGCAGCCUGGCCACCAGGCCAGUAA